AUGGCGUCCACCAUCCUCCCGCAAGGCGCGGGUUACGGUGUGGUCAUCGGCAUGGGCAUCUUCUUUUCCCUGCUCAUGAUCCUCAUCACCAAAAUCCAAGGCCGCUACACUUCAUACAAGCCUUCUUCGGCUGAGGAGUUCACCAGUGCUUCGCGUUCAGUACCCCCUGGCCUGAUUGCCGCUGGUAUCGUCAGUGCUUGGACAUGGGCAGCGACCCUUCUUCAAUCGUCGGCAACGGCCUACAAGUUUGGUAUCUCUGGUCCUUACUGGUACGCUUCCGGUGCCACCAUCCAGGUCCUCCUCUUCGCCAUGCUCGCCGCAAAGGUCAAGCUCAACGCACCUUACUGCCACACCUACCUUGAGAUCAUCAAGGCCCGCUGGGGUACCUUUGGCCACCUGACCUUCCUGUUCUUUGGUCUCGCUACCAACGUGAUCGUUUCGCUCAUGCUCGUUCUCGGAGGCUCCGCGACUGUGGCUGACCUGACGGGCAUGCACACCAUCGCCGCAUGCUUCCUCAUCCCUAUCGCCGUGUCCAUCUACGUCAUUGUCGGCGGCAUGCGCGCCACUCUUAUUGCCGACUACUCGCACACCCUCGUCCUCUACUGCAUCCUCAUCUCCUUCUGCCUCAUCGUCUACGGCACCAGCGACAUUAUCGGCUCGCCUUCCAAGAUGUACGCUAUGCUGCAGACCGCCGGUGCCAACAACCCCAUUUCGGGUAACGCCGGCGGCUCGUACCUCACCAUGCGCUCCAAGAGCGGCCUCAUCUUUGGUGUCCUCAACAUUGUCGGCAACUUUGGAACCGUCUUCAACGACCAGGCUUACUGGCAGCGUGCCAUCGCGUCUCGUCCCCACACAGCCGUCAAGGGCUUCCUCGCUGGUGGUCUGGCUUGGUUCGCUAUUCCUCUUGCUAUUGCCACCUCGCUGGGUCUCUCGGCUGUCGCCCUCGCCCACAGCGACAACCCGCUUAUCCAGCUCACCGCCGACGAGGUCAGCGCGGGUCUUCCCGCCGUCAAGGCUAUCGCUGCUCUCGCUGGAAAGUCUGGUGCUACCGCCAUGCUCAUCCUUCUCUUCCUGGCUGUCACUUCCGCUGCCUCGGCGGAGCAGAUUGCCGUGUCCUCGCUCUUCACCUACGACGUUUACGGCACCUACAUCAACAAGAAGCCGACCGAGAAGCAGAUCCUCUACGUCUCGCACUGCGCUAUCAUUGGCUUUGCGUUGUUCAUGGGCGCCAUCGCGACUGCGUUCAACUACAUUGGCGUGUCGAUGGGUUACCUCUACGAGCUGAUGGGCACCAUCAUCGGCUGCGCCGUCGUCCCUAUCGCCCUUUGCAUUACCUGGAAGAAGACCAACGGCACCGGUGCCAUCUGCGGUGCCAUCCUGGGUUUCGUGGCCGGCGUCGCCGGCUGGAUCGGCAUCACCGCGCACCUCAACAACGGCGUCAUCACCGUCGACACCACGUUUGGUGACUACGAGAUGCUUACCGGCAACCUCCUUUCGAUCGGUGUCGGCGGCAUCAUCACUGUGGGCUGGUCGCUCAUCAGCCCGGCCGACUUUGACUGGGACAUUACGCGCGCCAUCAACGUCGAGGCCGGCAGGGCCACCGAGGCCAUCGUCGAGCACCACGUCGAGACUGCCGACAUCCCAAGCGAGGACAGCAGUGUGGCCGAGGUCCGCCUUCCCUCUGGCUCGGCCGAGAAGGACAAGAGCGGCACCGCUACGCCUGCCCGUGGCCACGCGGCCAGCAACCCCCUGGACAUUGAGGCGCUGGCCUCGAACGAGGACGUGAGCCUCAAGAAGGCGUUCCGCCUCGCCUCGUACGCCGCCCUCAUCCUCACCUUCAUCCUCAUUUUCGCCGUUCCCAUGCCCCAGUUCUUCUCGCACUACAUCUAUCCCGAGAAGGGCUUCACCGCCUGGGUGUGCAUCGUCAUCAUGUGGCUCUUCUGCGGUCUCCUCGCGGUCGGCGUGUACCCCGUCUUUGAGGCACGCCACGGUUUGGCAGAGGUGGGCAAGGGCAUGUGGGCCGACAUCUCGCGCAAGGGCAAGUAG